AUGGCUCCAAUGCCCGCUUUACCUGAUUCAAUGAUUGUUUUUGCUUGUGUUCCUGGAAAAACGGUCAUCGAUUUUACAUCGCCAAAUGGACGAAAUGGCGUUUUCGCUUAUUGUCUGUUGCAAUAUCUUAUGACGCCAGGUGAAAAUAUAACAGUUCUAAUGAUUGAUGUAACUCAUGCAGUUGCUAGAGAAACAAGCAAUAAACAAAUACUUUAUACUACAAAUGCGUUACAUAGAUCAGAUGUAUAUUUAGUAUCACCGAGAAUACAACAAACAAAUCAAGAAGACACAGUAUACGCAAUGACACGAUUGAACAAUCAAUCCACAAAGAAGAUGCUACUCAAUAUUCCAACCAAUGCUCAAUGGACUCAGAAUGGAGUGACUGUUGCUGGAGGCCACGGAGAAGGUAAUGCCACCAAUCAACUUGACCGUCCUUUUGGUCUCGUUGUUGAUGAUGAACAAACAAUAAUCAUUGCUGACGCAUGGAAUUAUCGUGUUGUCCAAUGGAAAAUGAAUGAUACGAAUGGACAAGUAGUAGCUGGUGGUCAUGGUCUUGGUUGUCGAUUGAAUCAAUUACAUUUUCCAACUGAUCUGCUGAUCGACAAAGAGACGAAUAGUCUCAUUAUCUGCGAGUGGCGUAAUCGACGAGUUGUACGAUGGUCACGCUCUAGUGGUACAACUCAAGGAGAAAUCCUCCUUGACGGCAUAGAUUGUUUUGGAUUGGCCAUGGAUGAUCAGAAAUGUCUCUACAUUUCUGACUUCGAAAGACAUGAAGUCAGACGGUAUCAAAUGGGGGACAAUAAAGGAAUCAUCGUAGCCGGUGGUCACGGCAAAGGUGAUGGUCUUAAUCAACUUCAUUGGCCGACUUACAUAUUUGUUGACCGACAAAAGACAGUCUACGUGUCGGACUACAAGAAUCAUCGUGUGGUAAAAUGGUAUAAAAAUGCAAAAGAAGGAAUUGUCGUCGCUGGAGGCCAUGGUGCAGGAAAGUCUCUGGCACAUUUGGUACAUCCAAAAGGACUGUUCGUCGAUGCAUGGGAUAACAUAUAUGUGGCAGAUGCGGGAAAUGAUCGAAUAAUGCGUUGGCCUAAUGCAGCAAAACAAGGUACUGUAGUCGUGGGUGACAAUGGUGAAGGAGACGAAGCAAAUCAAUUAAGCAAUCCUUGGGCUUUGUCAUUCGAUCAACAUGGCAAUCUCUAUGUUGUUGAUCAUGGAAAUGAUCGAGUUCAACGCUAUUCUAUUGAAUAA